AUGCACCCAUCAACACAGCCCAUCCCAACAGGCGAGUACGCCUACCGCGCGCUCUUCACCCGCUCGCAACUCUCCUCCCCAUCCUUCCGGCAUCUCCUCUCCACCGCCGGCAUCUCCCGCUGCUGGAUGGGCCCCCUCGCAAACGCCGUCUUCUAUCCGCUCCAGAAGGGCACCCUCUUCAACCUGGUCAUCGCCAUUGCCGACCCACACUUCAAUCAUACCUGUGACGAAAAGGCCCUCCUUCCCUCUGUGCGAGCCUGGCUCUCCGGCUGGGACCCGACGCUGCUCGAGAUGCUCGACGCGGCAAGUCACCUCGUCCGCUUCCCGCUCUACCAAGUCGACAAGCUGCCAUUCUGGUCCAAGGGCUGCGUCACGCUCACGGGGGACGCCGCCCACGCCAUGCUCCCUCACCUGGCGCAGGGCGCGGCAACAGGCGUCGAGGACGGCUUUAUCCUGGGCACUCUGCUCGGCCGGUUGUCCCAGCGUGUGUCAGGGUCGACGCCCCGUGCGCUGCUGCAGAAACAGCUACGGACGGUGCUGCGUGCGUAUGAGGAGCUGCAGCAUGGUAGGACGGCGCAGAUUGUUUCCGGGUCCCGUUUCACGGGCAUGCUGGACCAUUUGCCUCAGGGCCCGGACCAGAGGGCCAGGGAUGCUGAGUUUGCCAUGUAUGAUUCCGAGAAGACGGUGAGUGCCAUGCCGUGGAUCGACGCGCGCACCAAUAGAAGGUUGCUCGGGAGGAAGGUGGACGAGGUUGCCGAGGGCCAGUUUGCGCGGCUGCUUGCUGCAGGGGAAUUCGCCGACUAUGAACCAAAAUUAUAG